AGUAUAAUAAAUAAACAAUAGAACUAUUUUAGUUUACUUUUAAAUUAAUAGUGAAUGAAAAAUAUUUAUAUUAAAAAUGCUGCGCUGCGGACAUGUGAGGCGUUUGCUGCAGGUGCCACUACAACGUGUGUAUUCAACUGGUGCUAAUCCAAGCGGUGAUAAUGAAAGUGGAAGAGGGGGAAAAGGGAGAGACGUUGAGGACCAACAUCCCAUAAGGCGAACGUUUCGCUUGCUUGGCAAUGAUAUGCGUAAAAUUAAAGAGUUCUUCGUGCCACAGGAACUGAAAUAUGGCAACGAUUUGGAGUCUACAAAAACACAGAGCAAAUUUCAAUUCCGAGGAAACAAAGCUGAAAUUGAUGAGUUCCAGACGCACUGUGAUGUACUCAUCAUUGGAGGCGGCGGCGUUGGCAGUUCCAUAGCCUACUGGCUGAAGGAGAAGGCGCGCGAAGGACUGAACGUGGUGGUGGUGGAAAAGGACGAAACGUAUUCAAAAUCCGGCGUACAGGUGUCGACGGGCGGACUGUGCCCGCAGUUCUCGCUGCCGGAGAACAUACAGAUGUCGCUGUUUGGCGCCGAAUUCAUGCGCAAUGCCGGCGAACAUUUUGGUGAGGAUAUUCCACUUGGUUACACGCCUCACGGACACCUGGUGCUCGCCAACGCGGCGGAUGCGGAGACACUGCAGCAGACAUCGCAGUUGCAAAAUGAAUUGGGAGCACGCAAUGAGCUGCUCACGGCGGAAAGACUGUCAGCAAUUCCCUGGCUCAAUACCCAGGACAUUGCUCUGGGAUGCCUUGGCCUGGAGCGGGAAGGUUGGUUCGAUCCCUGGGCGCUACUCACGAACUUUAGACGCGCCGCCCGCGGCUACGGAGCACACUUUGUGCAUGGCGAAGUCAUUGAUUUUAAGUACCAGAGUCAGUCGGAUAUCAUUGUGACUGGCGACUCCGAAGCCAGCGAGGGCAGUUACCAAAGUCUCGACAAAGUCGUUGUCAAAAUGCCAGAUGGAUCAAAGCGUACCAUUAAGUUUGCACUGUGCGUCAUUGCAGCGGGCAUCGAAUCUGGGAAUGUGGCUCGUUUGGCCCAGAUUGGUCAUGGUGCGGGAAUGCUGCGUGUUCCGCUGCCGAUAGAUGCUCGCCAGCGUCACAUGUAUGUGCUGCACACAGAGGAGCCGAGUGCGCCGGGAUUAACAAUGCCCAUGAUUGUGGACACAUCCGGCACAUUCCUGCGGAGGGAUGGCCUAGGUGGUGACUAUGUGUGUGGUCACAAUGCAGAGGAAACGACUGGAGAUUUAACAUAUUUUGAAUCCACUAUACGACCAAGUCUCAUCAGACGGAUUCCCUCAUUGGCAACUGCCAGCGUUGUGCAAAGUUCCUCCGGCUUGUACAAUUACAAUGUAUACGACGAGAAUGGAAUUCUCGGAGCACAUCCGUACUAUCAUAAUCUGUACAUUGCAAGCGGAUUCAGUGGACAGGGGAUUCAACAGACUCCGGCAGUGGGACGUGCCAUAUCCGAGCUCAUUAUGGACGGACAGUUCCGCACAUUGGACUUGUCCCGCCUGAGCUUCGAUAGAUUAAUUGUGGACAAACCAAUGUAUGAGUUUAACGCUCUAAAUUAAAUUUAAUUUGUUGUACAUUUGUUAUGUAGAGAAAAAAGAAAAGAAAACCAAUGCAAUUUGUAA